ACAUCCACCAUACACAAACCUGCCACAAGCUGACUGCCUUCACAGCUCUACUGAACUUGGCGCACACUGCAGCUCUCCUAUUCUAGGAAGAGGAGGAAGAAAGAAACCGUGCACAUCUCUGUGGGAGAGCUCCAACCGAGACCUGCCCUCAGUCUUAGAGUGGCGCUGAUAUACAAACACAUUCACACAGCCCAUUCACACACACACACACACACACACACACAGAAACAGCACACACAGACACACACACACAGAGCCACACGCGCAGGAGCAAACAGUAUCUCUCCCUUUCUCUCUGUCGAGCUCACCCACCCUCCCUCUACCUCCCUUCUACACACACACUUACACAUUCACACACACAUACACACAUACACACACCACUACAGUAUAUCAGCUCACGACUAGAGGAGAGACGGAGGGGAGAGCAGAAAUGAAUGUGAAGAUCCUGACGCUGGUGAUUGUGCUGCUGCUUUCUCUGCUGUGUUCAGCCCGUGCUGGUCCAGUGACCUCCACCGAGCAUAGCAAGGAGCUGGAGGAGGUGGGAAGCAUGAGGACUCCUGUGCGUCAGAACCCUGCCCGAGCUGGACGGAACCAAAGACCCUCCGGCUGGAGGAGGAGGCGCCCUCGACCCCGCCUGUCCCACAAGGGGCCCAUGCCAUUUUAGAUUAAGGCACCGCUUCGAGCGCCCACCCCUUUGGUUCUGAUUUCAAUGCUCUUCCUUUGUCUUAGGGAGGGCCCUGUAACAAGGGGUCUUUCCAGCCCAGCCUGAAGAGUGAUGUCCAUAGCACCUGCUGGUUCUUCAAGAAACUCUUCUACUGUCCACAAAAUACCAGGACAAGCCACUCACCCUCAGCUCUAUGAAGAAUUGUGGGCCAGGAAUGGGGUGGGAGGGGAAUCCAGAGCCCGAGCGAUCAGAUUCUAUCUCUGUCUGUCAAUCUCUCUCUCUCUCUCUCUCUCUCUCUCUCUCCAGUGUUUUUUCCUCAUUAGCUUUCUAAAGCCCUUUCAUUGCCACACUUUGCAUGACGUGUGAGCACUGAGAAGCCUGGUCCAAAACAAUCUUCAUGCACAAGUGUCAGUUUUUUUUUUCUUCGAGGUGUGCUACCCCAUUCUCUGCUGUGUAAAAGAUGCCCUUUGUUCCAGUGCUGUGUUGUGGCAAAUUCUGGUGUGAACAAAUAUCAUAUGGGAGGGAAGUGAUAGGGAUGUGAAGUUAAAGGCACUAUUGAAAACUUCAUCACUUUUAUCCACUUCCAUCUUUUGACAAAGGUAACAAUUACCUUAUGUCUGAUCAGACAAGUAGCUAUUAUAGGUUUUUUUUUUAAGUAUAUUUUAUUUGGCUGCCACUGCUGAUUUUUUUUUUUCAUUUGCAUUAAAAGACUAUCAUCAGGUGUCAAGUAAAACAAACGAACAAACAAAUAUCUAUGGUAUAUGGAUUGGUUGCAUUUCAUCACUUUUGUACUUACACAAAGGAUUGUUGCUCCUAAAGGUUUUGCUAUCCAAAGCAUAUUAUGCAUUACCCUAUAGACACCUAACAUAACAAGGUUUAAGCCACAGUGUCUCCUUAUAGGACUGCAUUACUCCACAAACCAUAUGUCCUGUGUGUCAUCCCCCCCCCCACUCUUCACCUCGCCACAGCAGACAUACAUGACUGUUAACUGGCUGGGGCGAGCUGCCCUGCUCAGUAAACCACCUCUCCUUUUAAUGAAGUGCCAAAUAGUCAAUCUAUAAUGCGAUGCUGCCAUGAGAAUGAAAAAAAAAAACAAAAAACAGGAAGAGACAAACGAACGUUACCUCUUAUUUUUGAAACACCUUGAAACACCUAAGCAUAUGUAUGUAUAACACCAUAUUUGUUCUGACAUCCAACGUAUAAAAACAAUGGUAGCAAAGAAACAUAGUUUAAACAAAUCAGACCAAAAAUCUUUCAAAGCAGACACUUCUUGAAAAUGCAGUACUAGUCUGUUUUUCACACCAACCAGUAGUGCUCUCUUCUCUGACUGCUGUGCUAAAGGCUGAAUUGCCCCCUAGGACAGAGAUAUUUGAUUGACACAAUAAUAUGCCUUUAUUUCACACCAUAGUGGAACUUAUUACUUUUUUAAAAGUUUUGAUUCUGUCUUUUGGUUUCGAUUAUUUUUUUUCUCAGGGUGCUGUGAGAGAAGCCUGUACUGGAUUUUGUGCAUUUAUUUAAGAAAUACACAUACAAACACGCUUACACAUGCACUGUUCAGUACAGAGUACAACAUAUCUAUGUUAUAUAUAUAUAUAUAUAUAAAUGUUUGUAUAGAUAUAUAUAGAUAUAUCUAUCUAUCUCCCUGUCUGUGUAUCCACCGUUAUAACUAUGUAUUCAGAUUCAGUUUUUCGUAAGCCAUUAUCAUUCUCCCUGUUUUGGGAGCAGUUGCCUUUUAGUCUGAGCCUCUUCAGCACAGGUGGCCAUUGCUUUGAUUGCCGUGGUCAUUGAUUCCCAUUGCUAAUCUAUUUCAGAUGGGCCUCUUGGUGGGUUAGCUGGAGUCCGAGGUCUUUGGAGUCUGAGCUCAUUGACAAAUUGGCCUAGUCCGUGACCACACAUACCCUCUUUUUCUGUGGGUUUAUCAUAACCAUGUAACACUCUAUAAUCUGAGAUAACCCACAGAGCAGACGUUGUUCCAUUAACAUCAGGCCCUGAUUUGUUCUGCAACUAUAAUUCAGAGACAUGAGGCUUUUUACAAGACUGUUACCCAUAUACAUAAUUGUGUUGCUCAAAUAGCACGGCUGGUGUUUUUCUUAAAUCAGCAGCUAAUUCCCUCCCCCACCCUCCAAUAAGCCAUUUCUCCAUAUGGAAGUUAAAGAAAAAAAUCCUCCACCAUCGACGCCUUGCAGCAGGAACAGCUCUCAUUGAGAGCGUGCCUAAGAACCACAGCAGUACAAGUCCCACCAAGCUCACCUUGAAGAAAAAUAGAUAGAAUUUUAGGGAAUACAAAUAUUUCCACUCUCACUAUUAUUAUUUUGUCCAUUCUUGGGCAGAGAUGUAGACAGAGAUGUUUCAUGAAUGCUCCUUUAAAAUGAGACAUGCUUGUCUCGCAUGUUAGCUGGGCAGCAUAUCCGAGUAGUCGAGCAAGUUACCCCAGGCCUGUUGUGAUACAGUAAAUGGGAUGAAAGCAAAGAGACAGGGUUAGAAUCACUCAUUCCUGCUCGUCACAGAGGUGCAGGAGAAUUUCCGUAUCCACACUGUUCUUCAUGAAUGUAUCUAGAACAUCUGCACCAGCUGAGUGACCCCAUUCACAGAGUGAAGUAAAGCAGUGUUUCAGCACAAUCCUUGACAAAAGUCUUGUAUCUGUACAAAAAAAGAAAAUAUAAAAAUAAAUAUACCCUCAUAGCUCCUAUAUAACACAACCCGUUAGUGAUGGCUAUCUGUUGGAUCACAAGUCCAAAGACAAACCCAUCAUCAACAUCCAAAGCCUGGUAUAGAAGAGACCCCUAGCAGCUUUGCUCCAGCACCUCUCUGUAUGGGCAUGCAAGGCUGCACUUUUGCAAUUCCAUUAUGCUGCUGGAAAAAAAAUAUAUCCUGAACACACUUUCUCUUGGCAUGUAAUGAUUUUCCAGUGUAUUGUGACAAUUUUAUUGACUGAUUCUUGUCUAGCUGGUUGUCCAAAGCUUACUUUUGAAUACAGUGUGGAAAGCUGUAUUUUCUGUGUGUUGCGUGUGUGGUCAUAUUUAAAAAAAAAAAAAGAAAAA